AUGGAACGAGCAGUUCGCGCUAUUCAGGGCCUAUUACCAAGUACACUUCCCCCAUCUCUACGAACAACACCUGCAAACCUUUACCAGGUGCUUUCUCGAGCCCCUGGAGGUGGUGUUGGCCAGCGCGUACACCAGAUUCGUUGGACGGAGAAAGGUAUAAGAAACUGCUACUGGCAAGUAACGCGGACACGGCUCAAGCUCGAGGGGAACCACGGAAAGGCUUGGGGGAAGCUGUACUGGAGAGGUAAACAAAUUAGUAGGCAGGAGGAGAGAAUCGAUGGUUCAUUGAAAUACAAAUGGUCAGCAGGUUCGUCUUAG